AUGUCCGACGACUUUGAGCCCCUCGACCCCACCCUCCAGAACAUCCUCGACCAGAAGAGCCUCAAGUGGAUCUUCUGCGGCGGAAAGGGUGGUGUCGGCAAGACAACGACAUCAUGUUCGCUCGCCGCGCAGCUCGCGCGUGUCCGCGAGUCGUCCACUGAUCCCGCACACAACCUUUCCGACGCCUUCUCCCAGAAGUUUGGCAAGGACGCGACCAAGGUCAACGGCUUUGACAACCUUUACGCGAUGGAGAUUGACCCCAACUCGAGCUUGCAAGAGAUGAUCGAGUCUGCGGACCAGUCGGGCGGCAUGGGAGGCAUGAUGCAGGACCUCGCGUUCGCGAUUCCAGGUGUCGACGAGGCCAUGGGCUUCGCCGAGAUCAUGAAGCACGUCAAGUCGAUGGAGUUCUCGGUUAUUGUGUUUGACACUGCGCCGACAGGCCACACGCUGCGCUUCCUCUCGUUCCCCUCGGUGUUGGAGAAGGCGCUUGGCAAGCUAAGCCAGCUCAGCGGACGCUUCGGACCGAUGCUUCAGCAGAUGCAGUCGAUGUUCGGUGGUGGCGCGCCACAGGAGGACAUGUUCGCCAAGCUCGAGCAGAUGCGCGAGGUCAUCACCGAGGUCAACACGCAGUUCAAGGACCCCGAACUCACUACCUUUGUUUGCGUGUGCAUCUCAGAGUUCCUCUCGUUAUACGAGACCGAGCGCCUGAUCCAGGAGCUCACAAAGUACGAGAUUGACACGCACAACAUUGUCGUCAACCAACUCCUGUUCCCCAAGAAGACCGACCACUGCGAACAGUGCAGCGUACGCUUCAAGAUGCAGCAAAAGUACCUGAACGAGGCGUACGACCUGUAUGAGGACACGUUCCACAUUGUCAAGCUCCCGCUCUUGACCGAGGAGGUGCGUGGGACGGACAAGAUUAAGAAGUUUUCCGAGAUGCUCGUCACGCCCUACCAGCCCCCCGAGUAG